AUACUGUUUUAAUAUCAGCUGUUCCCCCACGGUUACUACCCCAACUCCAGUCAGCCCUUAGCUGCUUCCUAGACGUGACAUACCUCCGCCAAGGCCAAUGUCAAACAACAUAAACCAGACUUCAGACAAGAAGAUUCAAAUUCUUAGUAAAUAAUCCAUAUUUUAACCAAAAUGUAAAGGGUUAUUCCCUGGCCCAUGAUCCAUCCCUCCACCAAGUUCAGUUCAAAUCGGUACAGUACUUUUUGCAUAAUCCCGCUGACAAAUAAACAGGUGAAACAUGACCUCCCUAGCGCAGGUAAAUGACUGUAUAACAGUAGGUGGCGAUAAUAAUCCGCAAUUUGCCAUUAAAACUUCUGAAGAAGGGAAGAAGAAAAACAGGAAGAGGCGGCAUAACAAAAUGGCUUCCAGUUGGUCGGCCCCAGCCCUAGAGCUCUCCUGUCCGGUCUGCCAGGACAUCUUUAAAGAUCCCGUCCUGCUUCCUUGCAGCCACAGCUUCUGUAACGUCUGUGUUCAGCAAUGGUGGAGAACCAAACAAACACGAGUGUGUCCCGUUUGUAAAGCAGUGUCUCCUCGGUCUAAUAUACCGCCUCGGAACCUGGUGUUGAAGAACCUGUGCGAGGCUUUCCUGCUGGAAGUGGAGUCAGGCGUUGUCUGCCGCCUGCACACGGAGAGACUGAAGCUCUAUUGCGUGGACCACCAGACACCUGUUUGUAUUGUCUGCAGAGACUCGAGCCAGCACAGAAACCACACAUUUACACCCGUGAACGAAGCUGCAGAGUUUCACAGAAACGGCCUGCUGAAGCGCCUGGAGCCCUUACGGGAGAAAGUGAAACUAUUCCAUGAAGUGAAAGCGAAAUGGGAGAAAACAGAUGAAGACAUUAAGAACCAAGCUGGGGAAACAGAGAGGAAGGUAAGAGAGGAGUUCAGGGUGCUUCGGACGUUUUUGCAAGAGGAGGAAAAUGUUAGGAUUGCAGCACUGAAACAAGAAGAGAUGCAUAAAAGAGGGAUGAUGAAGGACAAAAUCUCAGUUUUGAUCAGAGAAAUAAACGCUAUGGAAAGUACCAUCAAAACCAUAGAGGAUGGGCUUACAGACGAUGACACAUCUUUCCUGAUAAAAGUCGAUACUCUGACGAAAGAAACUCAGCGCCCCCUGCCGGAUGAUCCACGGCAUGUAACGGGAGCCCUGAUCAACGUUGCCAAAUACCUGGCAAAUAUUAGCUUCAGCGUCUGGUGCAAAAUGAUAGAGAAAGUGUCAUACACCCCUGUGAUCCUGAACCCAAACACUGCCCAUGAAGAGCUCCACCUGUCUGAGUGUUUGACCAGUGUGACAUGUGGACCCAAACAGCCUCUAGCUUCAACCCCAGAGAGGAUGGAGCAGCACCGCUGCGUCCUCGGAUUUGAGGGCUACAGCUCAGGGACUCACAGCUGGAUCGUGGAGGUUGGAGACAGUCAAGUAUGGGCACUGGGUGUGAUAGCACAGGACGCUCAGAGGAUGGGAAACAUACUCUCUGGGUUAUGGAUGCUGAGGUUCUGCCACGGUAAAUUCACAGCAUUCUGCCCAUCACGUCCAGGCUCUGUCCUCCCCCUGAAGGACAGGCCUCAGAGGGUCAGAGUUUACCUGGACUGGGAGAAAGGAAAGCUGUCCUUCUUGGAUCAACAAACUGACACAGUCUUACACACCUUCACACACACAUUCACCAGCAAGCUGUUUCCAUACAUCAACACCUGGAGUGACCUUCCACUGAAGAUUUUACCCAUGAAACUCUCUGUAACAGUCACGAACCUGUUAAAGAAUUGCAGAUAAGAAGAGAAUCCAUUAAGAAUUAAUGAGCAAAACAAUCAAGUGUUGAAAUUAUUGAUAUGUUUUUCUUAUUUAUAUUGGUCUUUGAAGACAGAUUUUUGUUUCAACUUUUUUAUAUCUGUCAUUGCAAUAACAAAAGUAAUGUGAUACAAUGGAGGAAAACAGAACUUAAACAAAAAUCUAAAGAAUUAAGGUUAUGAAUACUGCAUUGAAUACUGCAACUUAAACACCAAAAAAUAUAUACUGUACAUCAACAACCAGUGUUGGUCAAUGAUGCAGUAGCAUGGGGUGUAUUUAAUAAUGGUAAUAAUUUACACAUAUCCCUGAAUAUACUUAAUGUAAAAUACACAAAUUGAGAAAUUAAGCAGUAACUGACAACUUAGUUAAAAUAACCUGUUAUAACUAUAUCAACACUGUCAAAGCCAGAAACCUGUGAGAAUAAUGCUUCAUUGGGGACAUUUCGCACUGAUCAAAUGGUAGCAAUUCACUUAAACUUAUUUGCACACCUAUCAACGUUUUUGCCUUUAUAGUUUUAUUUAUAUUGCGCAUAGAUUAAGUUUCUUUAUAGGGUGUUGGUUCCUUGGUGGUAAGGUAGUGCAGCAUUGAACAGUGCUGUACAGGUAACGUUUUGAUUGAAUGUAUCUUGUUUUUGUUUUCUCUCACUGCUCAAGUGCCUUUGCAUUUGUUAAGAUUUGACAAUUAUUUGUUAUUGUACUUUAUUGAGCCAUGGUUGCCUUAUUAAAACUAC